AUGUCCUUUGCCGAUAGAGAACAGCCAAAGACCAUCUGUCUUUUUGACGUUGAUGGCACCCUGACUCCAGCCAGACUCACCAUCUCGCCAGAGAUGAAGGCCACCUUGCAGGCCCUGAGAAAGAAGUGUGUUAUUGGAUUUGUUGGAGGAAGCGAUUUUUCCAAGCAGGUCGAGCAGCUGGGCUCCGACGUUCUGGACCAAUUUGACUUUUGUUUCAGUGAGAACGGUCUGACCGCCUUCAAGCUUGGAAAAGCCCUUCCGUCCGCGUCCUUUAUUGGCUGGAUUGGCGAGGCCAAGUACAACGAGCUGGUCAAGUUUAUUUUGAGAUACCUUGCCGAUUUGGAUCUGCCGGUCAGAAGAGGAACGUUUGUCGAAUUUAGAAAGGGUAUGGUUAACGUUUCUCCAAUCGGAAGAAACGCCUCCACCCAGGAGAGAAACGACUACGAGAAGUACGACUUGGAGCACAAGAUCAGAGAGAAGAUGGUCCAGGCUCUCAAGGACAAUUUCCCUGACCUGGCUCUGACCUACUCCAUCGGCGGCCAGAUUUCCUUCGACGUGUUCCCUACCGGCUGGGACAAGACCUACUGUCUGCGUCACAUCGAAAGCGAGGGCUUUGAACAGAUCCACUUCUUCGGUGACAAGGCCUACAAGGGCGGUAACGACUACGAGAUCUACACGGACGACAGAACUAUCGGACAUGCGGUCAAGAACCCUGAGGACACCCAGGCCAUCUUGAAGGAGCUCUUCAAGCUAUAA